GAACGCACGUUUUCAAUUACAUUAAUUUUGAUGAUAAAAUUAAAUUUAUUUUAUUUAAAUCAAUUGAGUGUGGUUUGUGUAUUGACUUUAAAUGGUUUCUGCAGUGAAAAUGGGUGAUGAAAAUCAAAACGUGUCCAAAGAUCAAACAAAAGACCCUAUGGCAAUAUUGGAAGAUGGUUUAAUUCUUUGUAAAUUUGGACGUUUUCAUAUAAGAUUGUUAUUCACAUCAAUGGCUGCAGUUUUUGCCUCCACAAUGGUUACAACCACAUCUUCGUAUAUUUUACCAAUGGCAGAAUGUGAUUUAAACAUGAGUAUUAUGCAUAAAGGAUUACUGAAUGCUAUGCCGUUUUUCGGCCAAGUUGGAGCUACGUUUUUUACUGGUUUCUUAGUAGACGCAUUCGGUAGGAGAAUAUUUUUAGUUGGAGGCAACGCAGCUAUAUUUGUAUGUACUAUAAUUGAAGGGUCCAGUCAGAACUAUUGGAUGUUAAUUGUACUCAAACUUUUAGAAGGAAUUGCGUUAAGUUUAUCUUUCACUGCGGUCGCAUCAAUGGUGUCAGAAUUUGUACAUAAAAACAUUCGUGAUAGAAUAUUGAUGUUGUAUUGUUCCUUCAUGUCGCUGUCUCUUGUCGUUGCUGCGUUGAUAUCAUGGGGUGUGUUAUUACAACCUUGGCAUGUUGUCAUAAUCAAGGGAUACUUUGAAUUAAGAAUCUGGAAUAUUUACUUGUACAUUUGUUCGAUUUGGAGUUUGUUAGCUGCAGUACUUUACUGUACUAUACCAGAAAGUCCUAAAUAUCUUUUAUCUCAUGGACAAGAAAGAGAAGCAUUGGAAGUGUUGAGAAAAGUGUACAGUGAAAAUACUGGGAAACCAAAAACGGAAUAUCCCAUAACAUCCCUUGGUGCAUCCAGUUCCUUCAAAUCAACCAAAGAGAUGAGCAUUAAAAAACAAAUGACUCACGCUAUGAUAGAUGUCAAAGAAUUAUUCCGCGCGCCUUUGUUUUGUCGACUUAUAUUAUUUUCUAGUCUCACAUUCGUGUGUUUAUUAGCGUACAGUGCAUUGAGAUUAUGGUAUCCGCAGUUGUCGACGAUUAUUGAAAACUAUCAGAAAGAUUACGGAAAGACUGACAGAUUUUGUGUUAUGAUGAACGACUACAGAUAUAAAUUAAACGAUAAAAUUAUAAACGUUUCAUCUAAUAUUACAGAUACUGAGAUUUGUAUACCUCAAGUGAGUGGAUCAGAGACGUACACAAAUGGAAUAAUUCUCGGUUUAUUUUCAAUGUUCUUCGUUGGCGCUAGCGGUUAUCUAGUUGACUUUGUUGGGCAGAAAAUAUUGAUGUUUAUAUUAUUGAUUCUAUGCGCGAUCUGUUCAGGAUCGUUGUACUGGACUUAUUCUUCAAUACAAGCAGCUUUGCUAAUCUCUGCGACUUGCGGUUUAAUGCAAUCCGCUUUGAGUCUACAGCAGAAUAUUUUAAUAAGAGUAUUCCCAACUACUGUAAGGACAUUAGCUCUUUCAGCGAUAGUAAUGAUCGGUAGAAUCGGUUCGUUACUUGGGAAUAUUUUGUUCCCAAUCAUGCUGGAAUUGGGAUGUAUGGGGCCUUUCUUAGCAUUAUCUGUGAUUACACUUGGUGUCGCUGGGUUAGUAUACUUUCUACCGAAUCCAAACAAAGAAAACAACGGAGCGGGUGACAAAUAA